AUGAGAAAAAAUGUAUGUACAGGUGAAAAUGAAAGGAAAGAAAGAGGUGGGUUCCUUGCACCUAACCCAUCUCCCAUCUCUCAGAAUAUUAUCCUUUUUUCUCAUUUUAAUUUUGCCUUCUCUGCUCUUACCUCUGUUCGCCGCCUUCUCUCCUCUUUCUAUCAGCUCACUCACUUGAAGUCUUUCAAGCUGGCGAUCGAGAACCAAGAAUCAACUGUUCGUGAAAUCAAGCCCAAGAACAGAAGAUUCAUGGGUGCUGGUGGACCUGAUGAAGACGACAACAUGUGGCCGCCAUGGUUGAAGCCUUUGUUGAGAGAACAUUUCUUUGUUCAAUGCAAGCUUCAUGCUGAUUCUCACAAGAGUGAAUGCAAUAUGUACUGCUUGGAUUGUAUUAAUGGCGCUUUCUGCUCUUUGUGUCUAGCUUAUCACAAGGAUCAUCGUUGUAUUCAGAUUAGGAGAUCCUCAUACCAUGAUGUGAUAAGGGUAUCCGAGAUACAAAAAUACGUGGAUAUAUCUGGUGUCCAAACGUAUGUUAUUAACAGCGCAAAGGUCGUCUUCAUCAACGAGAGGCCUCAACCCAGGCCCGGAAAAGGCGUCUCCAACACUUGUGAGGUCUGUGAUCGUAGCCUCGUCGACUCCUUCCGAUUCUGCUCUCUCGGUUGCAAGAUUGUGGGGACAUCGGGAAAUUUCCAGAAGAAGCGGAGGCACACGGCUGCUCUGGCAUCGGACUCCGAGGAUUCAUGCAGCAGCAGCAGCUACGGAAAGUUGAACAACAAAGUGCAGAGCUUCAGCCCUCCGACGCCGCCUCCGACUCUGGUUAAUUACAGAACUGCCAAAAGAAGAAAGGGGAUUCCCCAUCGAGCUCCGAUGGGAGGAUUAAUCAUACAAUAUUAGCCAAUACCCGCCGUAGUGUUCUUCCUUCUUGCUCUCAGAAGUUUAAAGAGCCGCCAUUGUCAAUGUAUCAUGUAUAUAAACACGUGAGAAGAAGCAUCAAUAAGCCCCCAAAUGCUACAACUAGAAAGCUUCCCUUUAUGUUCACGAUGAUUAAUUACAUGUUUUAGAGUGGGAUUAUACACAUUUAGCAAAUAAUCAAAUUUGUAAAUAGGUUUAAGGGAGAAGAAAAGAAAGACGUGUACUGUGUAUUGAUAAGGUAAUGUUUAUAUUUUGGGGUUAUGGAGAUAAAAUAAGAGAGUGAGAUUUUAGUUUGUUUUGUUGCCAUAUGA